UCUCCCUUAGCUUUCGGUCUUAUCACCCAGAUGGACCUUACUAGUGGUUUCUCUCUGUUGCGCACAGUGUUUCUGAUGGCCCAUGCGGUUGAAGACAUCCGACAAGAACUGUUUGGAAUCAGCCAGUUCGGUUCCGACUUUUGGGAGACAUGUAAGAAUAUUGAACAGUUCAAUUGUCAGAUCUCAAGAACUAUCUCUAACCAACCAGCCCCUGAAUCAUCCAUUAUCUUAGCUCUUGCUUGAUGCCUGGAUUGCGUAUAAGGCAUGAUUUUUAAUCCGAGCAUCAGAUCUUGAACCUGAAGUGUCAAAUUGACUUAAAGCCCGAGGUUAUGG